GUUUGGAAAACUUAUAUUGUUAUGAAAUAAAAUACACAUCAGAAAGCCCUAAAAACCAGAAAAUGUCGGACAUAGAAACCAGACUGGAGGGAAUGCUCUUUGACUUCCAAACUACAUACAAAACUGACUACCGUAGGGGUCAGAUUCGAACGCCAGUGUUAACAAAAUACGAGGAGAAACCUAGAUGCCUACAAGUUAGGCCUCCGCCCUUGAAAGACAUCCACACGCUGACUGCUUGGAAGUCUACGCCUGUCCCUUUUAGCUUAUUCCAUAAACCACAUCCUAUUCUUCAUAAGGACCCAAAUAAAGUUCAGGAGCCUUAUGUAAAACAACCAGACAAAGAGCUAGCGCAGGUAAUAAAAACCCGUCCCCGCAUAGUGAUGACUCCCGCAGUCAGCGUGGAUGACAUAGAGGAUCCGAAGGCGAGGGAGAUCCUCUGCGAUGCCAUGUACACCAGCACUGUCGCCAAAAUGUACAGGGAUGCCGUCUCUAAUUAUGUCAAUAUGAAAGCGCCGCUGUGUCCGUUGCCUGUACCAGCUAAUCCGGUGACUCUGCCGCGCCUUCAACCCCCGUACGUGUCUCCGGAGUGGAGGAUGGAGACGGUAUCCUGGGACAAGCAACAACUGAGGAGCUACUGUGACCCUACCAAGGAGUUCUGGCUGCGGCAGAAACCAUCUAAAUGCAUUCCUUGCGAGGAGACAGCAGUAAUGGCUGCACAUCGCAAACUUAAACAUCAGAUGGCAUGGGCAAACCGCAAAUGAAGAUAUUCAAGGACACACUUAUCUAGUUUACAUUUCAUGAAACUAGAAACGAGAAUUCUAUACAGGGUUUUAAGAUUUUGUUCUUAAAACGAAAUGCUAAGAUGGCGUUGGUCUACCAGCGUCUUUUAUCUUGACCGAGUGUUGUUUUUUUUAUGGAUUAGGUGGCAAACGAGCAGACAAGUCACCUGAUGGUAAGC